GGCUAGGGUCCCUUUGGCGCGGCUGGCAGCCGGCCGGGUGGGUCAAGGAGGGACCCCGACGCCUCGCUUCUAGCCCGGCUGGAUCUGAAGCUGCCAGAGACUUCCCUUUCCCAGGGCUUCAUCAGGGGCCCCGAAAGAUCUUUUCACAGAGCUGGACAGGUGUUUCCAAGCUUCAUGUUCCCAGUUGCCAGUGGAUUAAGACCCCCUCAAGCAGGGCUGAUGCCGAUGCAGCAGCAAGGCUUUCCUGUGGUCUCAGUCAUGCAGCCUAACAUGCAAGGCAUGAUAGGGAUGAAUUACAGCUCUCAGAUGUCCCAGGGACCUAUUGCUAUGCAGGCAGGGAUCCCAAUGGGACCAAUACCAGCAGGAGGAAUGCCUUACCUGGGGCAAGCACCAUUCCUGGGAAUGCGUCCUCCAGGCCCACAGUACACUCCAGACAUGCAGAAGCAGUUUGCCGAGGAGCAGCAAAAACGAUUUGAACAGCAGCAAAAGCUCUUAGAAGAAGAAAGAAAACGACGCCAGUUUGAAGAGCAGAAGCAAAAGCUCAGACUUCUGAGUAGCGUGAAACCCAAGACAGGAGAGAAGAGUAGAGAUGAUGCUUUGGAAGCCAUAAAAGGAAACUUAGAUGGGUUUUCCAGAGAUGCUAAAAUGCACCCUACUCCAGCAUCACACCCUAAGAAACCAGAUUAUCCCACAUCAUCUCAUUCUACUAAAACUGUCUCCCCGUCACCUGCCUUUCUUGAUGAAGAAGAGUUCAGUGACUUUAUGCAGGGGCCUGUUGAAGCUCCCACAUGUGGGCCUCCCUCCACUCCCCAGCCUUUCCAGUCUUUCCAUCCCACCACCCCGUUUGGCCAGGUGCAUGUACGGAAGGCUGGCGCACGGCCUCUCCCUCCAGCUCAGAGUCCGCUGUCUGGUGCCCUACAUGGUGUCCCCGGGCAGAUCCCUUGUCUCUUUACCGCUUCGGCCUCUCACAGUGUGCAGGAAACAGGCUCUUCCUUGGAGGAGAAGCUCCUAGUAUCUUGUGACUUAAGUACAUCUGGGCAGGAACAGAUUAAAUUAAAUACCUCUGAAGUUGGGCACAAAGCCCUAGGCCGAGGUUCCAGAAAGAACCAUCCCAGGUUAAUGGCCAAUAAUGGGGGUGCUGUAGAUGGACGUGUAAGUGGUACCACUACCGCAGAGGCAGAAAAGACUUCAGACCAAAACCUGUCCAUUGAAGAGAGUGGUGUAGGAGUAUUUCCCUCACAGGAUCCUGUUCAGCCCAGAAUGCCUCCUUGGAUUUACAAUGAGAGUUUGGUUCCAGAUGCCUAUAAGAAAAUUUUAGAAACCACAAUGACUCCAACUGGAAUAGACACUGCUAAACUUUAUCCCAUCCUGAUGUCAUCUGGACUUCCCAGGGAAACUCUUGGACAGAUAUGGGCCUUAGCUAAUCGAACCACACCUGGAAAACUGACUAAAGAAGAACUUUAUACCGUUCUUGCCAUGAUAGCAGUAACACAGAGGGGUGUUCCUGCCAUGAGUCCCGAUGCUUUAAAUCAGUUUCCAGCGGCUCCUGUGCCAACGUUAAGUGGCUUUCCUGUGACUUUGCCAGCUGCUGUGAGUCAGCCCACAGGGAUGCCGUCCGGCCCUGCAGGGCCCAUGCCCCUCACCCUCGGCCAGCCAGUCAUGGGCAUUAACCUUGUUGGGCCAGUCGGGGGAGCUGCAGCCCAGACUUCCAGCGGCUUCAUGUCCGCUUACCCUGCAAAUCAGGUGGUCAAACCAGAAGAUGACGACUUUCAGGAUUUUCAAGAUGCUUCCAAGUCGGGGUCACUUGAUGACUCAUUCAGUGAUUUCCAAGAGUUGCCGGCUUCUUCAAAAUCAAGUAAUUCUCAGCAUGGAAACAGUGCCCCUUCUUUGUUGAUGCCUCUUCCUGGAACUAAAGCAUCAGCUUCAACGGAUAAAUAUGCUGUGUUUAAAGGAAUUGCAGCUGACAAGUCCUCUGAAAAUACUGUUCCCUUUGGAGAGCCUGGUGAUAAAUACAGUGCUUUCAGAGAGCUCGAACAGACAGCAGAGAGUAAAUCUUUGGGAGAAAACUUUGCAGAAUUCAGAUCUGCAGGGGCCGAUGAUGGCUUCACUGAUUUUAAAACCGCCGAUAGUAUCUCACCACUAGAGCCACCAGCAAAAGACAAGCCUUUUCCAGCCACCUUCCCCUCAGGAGCUACCCAGCAGAAACCACAAACACAAGUGAAAAAUCCUCUGAACUUAGCAGAUCUAGAUAUGUUUUCCUCCGUUACUUGCAGCAGUGAGAAACCGUUGUCCUUUUCAGCUGCAUUCAGCGGAUCCAAAUCCGUUUCCACACGACCCCAGCCAGCAGGGUCUGCAGCACCCAGUACAGCAUUGGUGUCAACUAAGACUGCUGGUUUGGCUGAUGAUUUUGGAGAAUUCAACCUUUUCGGGGAAUAUUCUAGUCCAGCCUCUGUCGGGGAACAGGAUGACUUUGCAGAUUUUAUGGCUUUCAGUAAUAGUUCUGUUUCAUCAGAGCAAAAGGCAGAUGACAAAUAUGAGGCGCUUAAAGAGGAAGCUAGUCCUGGUCCCCUGACCAGCAGCACAGGCAUCGCAGGGAAGAGUGGACAAAACUCUGCUGCCUCGUCCACGAAAUACGACGUCUUCAAACAGCUCUCUCUGGAGGGAUCUGGACUAGGUGGUGAAGAGCUGAAAGACAGCACUUCUUCGGGCAAGAGCGAUGAUGAUUUUGCUGACUUCCACUCCAGUAAAUUUUCCUCCAUGAACUCGGACAAAUCCCUGGGAGAGAAAGCGGUGGCUUUCAGACACACCAAAGAAGACUCUGCUUCGGUGAAGUCCCUCGAUCUCCCUUCCAUCGGGGGCAGCAGUGUCGGCAAGGAGGACUCAGAAGACGCACUCUCUGUUCAGUUUGACAUGAAACUGGCUGAUGUGGGAGGAGAGCUUAAGCAUGUCAUGUCUGAUAGCUCUUUGGAUUUACCGACAGUUAGUGGCCAGCAUCCUCCUGCCGCAGAUAUAGAGGACUUAAAAUAUGCUGCUUUUGGAACCUACAGUAGCAAUUUUGCAGUGAGCACACUUACGAGCUAUGACUGGUCAGACAGGGAUGAUGCCUCUCAGGGCAGAAAACUGUCCCCAUUUGUCCUCUCAGCAGGAAGCGGAGCCUCAUCAGCCGCCUCAGUUCUUCAAAAGAAAGAGACUUCAUUCGGCAGUUCCGAAAACCUCACCGUGACAUCUCUCUCCAAAGUCACAACCUUCGCCAGCGAGGAUCCCCUUCCAGAGACCACCUUUCCAGCUUUCGCCAAUUUUAAGGAUGUGAUCCCACAGGCCAGCGAGCCAAAGGAAUAUGAAAGCGGGGACUUCAGGGAUUUCGCCAGACAAGACCUGCCUGUAGGCGAGCGGAGCCACGAGGCCGCGUGCCUGAGCCCGGCCUCCAGCAGCGCUUCUCACGACACCACCAAGGAGUGCGCAGAUGACUUCGGAGAGUUUCAGAGUGAGAAGCCCAAAAUCAGCAAAUUUGACUUUUUAGUGGCCAAUUCACAAGGCAAAAUGAAAUCCAGCGAAGAAAUGAUCAAAAGUGAGCUAGCAACCUUUGACCUUUCUGUUCAAGGAUCGCACAAGAGGAGCCUAAGCCUUGGUGAUAAAGAAAUAAGCCGCUCUUCUCCUUCUCCGGCUUUGGAGCAGCCUUUCAGGGACCGCUCCAACACGCUGAGUGAGAAGCCUGCCCUGCCCGUCAUCCGUGACAAGUACAAAGACCUGACGGGAGAGGUGGAGGAGAAUGAGAGGUAUGCCUAUGAAUGGCAGCGGUGUCUGGGGAGUGCUCUGGAGGUCAUUAAGAAGGCCAAUGAUACCUUAAAUGGAAUCAGUAGUAGCUCUGUAUGCACAGAAGUAAUUCAGUCAGCUCAAGGCAUGGAAUACUUAUUAGGUGUUGUGGAGGUGUACAGGGUAACGAAACGUGUGGAGCUGGGGAUAAAAGCCACUGCGGUGUGCAGCGAGAGACUCCAGCAGUUGCUAAAGGACAUCGAUAAAGUGUGGAAUAACCUAAUUGGCUUCAUGUCCCUUGCCACACUCACGCCUGAUGAAAAUUCACUGGAUUUUUCCUCUUGUAUGCUCCGGCCUGGGAUUAAAAACGCUCAGGAGCUGGCUUGCGGGGUGUGCCUCUUGAACGUGGACUCCAGGAGCCGGAAAGAAGAGAAGCCUGCAGAAGAUCAUCCUAAAAAAGCGUUCAACUCGGAAACCGACAGCUUCAAGCUGGCCUACGGGGGACACCAGUAUCACGCCAGCUGUGCCAACUUCUGGAUCAACUGUGUGGAGCCGAAACCUCCCGGCCUGAUCCUGCCGGAUUUGCUCUGAGAGCGCCUGACUGCUCCUCUGUGACGGACCCAGCUGGGUUGGUUUUUUCCACCACACCCCCUGGGGUGACCGGGACCAAUAAACGGAGUGUGAGUGCUGUGGAUCCCCCCACCCACCCAUCAGGAGGAAAGCCUCAAGAGGUGGGGGGAGGGGCUGUGCAGCGUCUCAGUCUUUCCCACAGACGACCUUUGCCCCCAAGUUCCCAGGGCCAGUCUUUGGAAUUUCAGGUCAAACCACCCUACCCAAACUGCACGUGGCACCAGAAGUUUGCUAAUUUAUCUCUAGUUCUCUUAAGAUGUUUUAAAAUAUGGACCACAAUUGCCUUUAUCUGAGGAAUAAUUAGCUGCUGCAGCAUUGAAACUGUGAAGAAUUAACAUUUGAAGAAAAAUAAAUUCUUGCUCUAGGACUGGAGUCAGAAGGAUUUUGAGCCAGUGUUUGUGUAUCUGGAAUACUUUCUGUUCUGUGAAGUAGAAUGCAUUUAGCCACAUUUAGUGUGUUAAUAUCUAAGAUGAAUAUAAAGGGAGAAAUUGUGAUUAAACAGAUGUUCCUUUUAUAGAAAAAUUUCUGCUUCUCUCCACUGGACAACGGCAGGUGGGUGAGGGUAGAUUUACCAACUUUAGUGUCGCGACAGAACCAGUUCUCCACUCUGUUGGUGCAUUUAUAAGACUGUCAGCUUUCAAGAAAACUUUCAAAGCACACCUGGGGACUUUGCAGUGGAGAACGUUCAUUUCGACCAAGACCUGAAUCUUGGUCUAUCUGGAUGAAUAUUGUUGCCCUUGGGGGGUCUUCACUGAAAGCCUUGUGUACCUCACACACAGACUGUGAACAUAGUAUUUUUUUUCAAACAAGGUUUGGAAAGGCAGCUGAAUGAAAUCUCUUUGCAAAGGCCUCUGUCCAGAUUUCCAAAAACGUCUGCACAGGGACCAGUCCGUUUCUCUGAGAGAGACCUAGAAAUUGGACUGAGAGAGACCAGGGUUGAACGGUGGAGCUCAUGGCCCAGCAAGAAGAAGAAGAAGGUGUGUAUUUGUGGUGGAGUCACGUGACUUAGAAGCAAUGGCAGGAAAUUGUUCAGAACCAGCACUGAAUUUUAGGAGGAAAAGGCUCAUGCUGUCUGUUGUGUGGUGUUUUUUGUUUUUUUUGGUUUUUUUUGCCUCACUGUGUAGCUUGUGGGAUCGCAGCUUCCCUACCAGGGAUUGAACCUGCGUCUUCAGCAGUGAAAGCAUGGAGUCCACACCACUGGGUCACCAGGAACUCCGUCAUGCUCUCUGGUAUAGGGAAUUUUCUUUGCCGCUUAAACCGAAUGCAUAAAAUCAGGGGGAAAAAAGUCAAGUAGUAAGGACUGUGUUGUUCCUGGGAAGAACACGUCAAUCUAGGACACACAUUUCGGUUGUGAAUUAUGUGCUUAUGAAGCAAUUUUGAACUUUGUGUGGUUCACUUUGUGUGGCUUAAGCUCUCUGACAUAGUUUUUGUUUGUAAACUGGAAAAGUUGGUUUUGUCUGUAUAAUUGCUGCUUCACAUAAUUAAUUAGAUCAUUUUUCUCUCCUCAGGACAAAACUUGGGGCAAUUCGAUUUUGCUCCAUCUUACAUCUUUUACUUCCACCCUCCCCAAAAAAGGUAGAGAACAUUUUCAUUCCUGAGCUGUUGAGGCUUCUGCUUUACCUGGCUGCAUGCCAGGAUGCACAGACAAGUGUUGAUGAGGUAAAUCUGUUUUUUCUCAUCUGCUGCGGAUGAUACCAUCUCCAGCUGCUAAUAACCAGAACAGCUGUCUCUGAGUUGUUACCUUUGCCCUCCACAGGGCCAGUGGGUGUUAGUGAUGACACAAGUGGGCCGGUUUCUAGUAAACUUUGCCUGGGGCCCCUGGGCUCCACUUCAGCCUGAGCAGUGCCUUGUGUUUCGACAUGGCACCAAAAUUCAAGCAGCCUUCUCAUUGGUCUUACACAUUCCAUGAUAGACCAUGGUCACCAAUCUACCUUUGCAACAAGAAACGUCUCCCAGUUUGACAGAAUUUCCACGGCAGAGACAUUUUUGGAAACGCUGUGUGGACUGUUAUUCUGUCACAGUGGUCCAUAUUGAUGACAGUGCUCACCUGUUAACUAGAUAGGUUUCCAUUUCUAGAUGUAUUCCAGAACGCCUCAGAUAAAACUAGUAAGUAUAGUUACUGCUGACUUUAGCAAGUACGAUAGGUUUAGUCACUUCAUGGGAGGUGCCAGAGGAAAAAUACAGCAGGCAUCAACGAAAAGCCUUUGCUGCAGAGUAUUCACUAUCAGUAUCUUGUUUAGUAUUGGAAAUGCGUUAUUAGAUCUGCCAAUAAAGAUUUGGGGAGUGUCGAA